UAUUAGUACUAAAAACUGAUAUUUAGCUUGUUCAUUACGUUCAUGUUUUACAGGACUCUGUUAUUUAUUUGUUAUAUUUUGCUUUGAUUUUUUUAAUUACCCUUAAAACGAGGCACAAGUAUCUGUAACAAAGCAAUAUUAACACAAAUAAUUUAAGCAUUUUAAUUUACACAAACAAGUUGCAUGAGGGAUUAUUACUUCCUGUUUGCAGUGGUGAUUGACAAGACAGAUUACAGAUGGUCUGUAGAGAGUAGGGGACAGGUGGAAGAGAGUCAGGAGAGGUGGAAGGAUGCUCUGGAGAGAAGAGGGACGAAAGUCAGAUGAAACACUGAAGACUGGAUCCAUUGAAAGUGAAGAAAUCUAAAUACCUGAAGCAAGAGAGGCAAAGCACCGAGUGCAGCAGGGUGGAGUUGUUUGAGAUGAAUGAGGCGUUUAUUAGCCCCUCAAGAAUGAGCAGGUGGGGGGACCGGCUGAAGAAGAUUGAGCAGCUUGCUCAGUCAUUCCAGCAGCAUCCCCUGACGACGCGCUACAAGCCUCGCCUUUGGCCAUGCCAGCCCUCCUCUGUCUGGAAGCUCUUUCCUCGUCAAAACAUGGCCAUCAGUUUCACUCAAAGCUGCAAAGAGGCUGUGCACGUUUUUGCUCUUGAAAAAGAAAAGGCGUCGCUGGGCCAAAGGAUCUACCUGGUUACCAGCUACAGCGAGCUGUGGCAUUACUACAGAACUUAUCCUCAGUCCUUAAUGCACUGUUAUGAGGUGAUCCCAGAGGGGGCUGUGUGUAAGAUUUACUUUGACUUGGAGUUUCACAAACCUUCAAACAGAGGAUCUGAUGGGAAGUCUAUGGUGUCUUUGCUUAUUCAGUAUGUUUGUGACAAGUUGAUGGAAGUCUAUGGGAUUAAAUGUUCGGCAAAAAAUAUCCUCAACCUUGACUCCAGCACAGAGGAGAAGUUCAGUCGACAUCUCAUCUUCAUCCUGCAGAACGCUGCUUUCAAAGACAACAUUCAUGUUGGUAAGUUCAUCCACGCUAUUCUCCAACCAGUCAUCAAUAAAAUCAAAAGUGACAGCGAUCUAGAAAAAGAGAACAGUUCACCCACAGAAAACAAUGAAAAUAGAGAAGCAGUUGUCUCUGAGAUGACCCCAGAGAUGAAGAGGUUUAAGAGGGAAGAGAGAGACCUCAGCUUCCUUCUGGUGAAAAACAAAGAUGGACAGAACUGUCUUUUUGUUGAUCUCGGUGUCUACACCAAGAACAGAAAUUUCCGGCUGUACAAGUCGUCCAAAGCGGGGAGGAAUGCUGCGUUCACUGUCGCAGAAGACAAUGAGUUCGUUCCCGAACCGGCAAGGAGAGUUUCUGCGGAGGAGAGUGUUUUCCUGGCAUCUUUAGUGUGUAAUGUCAGUUUUACAGGUCAGAGGAUUCUCACAUGGGACGCCCCAGAGGUAAACCGACCUCAGACUGCAGCCCCGCAGUGUCAGCAGGGAUCAGCUUCAAAUCCAGACACGGUCUCUGGCUGUCAACUCUCUCCAUAUCAAGAAGUGGACAACUUUGUGUUAACUUUGGUCAGAAAGGAUGGGAUUCAAGGAAACAUCAGAAGGUGGAGCUACUUUGCUGCAGAGCAACUUCUCGUCUACGACAUCAACAAAUACCGCUGGUGUGAGAACGUGGGCAGGUUCCACAAGAGCAACAACAUCAUGAUCAUUGUGGAUUUUAAGGAGGAGGUUUGGUACCAGAAGUGUCAUGACCCGGACUGCAGAAACUUUAGGUCCUCGAGUUAUCCACUUCCAMGAGAGAUCUGUGUCAGCUACAUCCUGAGUCUGGAUGAGGAAGAUCAGGCGUACGUGAUGGACGAAACGGGCAACUUUGAACCCAGCCAGACUCGGAACAACAGCGAGCGUCCGGCGGAGGAGGCGACUCCUGGUGCGUGGGGAGAUGAGCGGGACGAUCAGGCGUAUUUAGAGAGCCUGAACGAGUUUGAAGAAAACAGCGGGGAGAUCUCGGACCAGCUUCUGCUCACGUGCGUGGACGACGGCUGUUCCCAGUAGAGGAGUGGGCGACCUUUCUGUGUAGCAACAAAACGACUGGAAGCCACUUCCCGAUGUCUCCUGUGUGCAGCCAUCCAUCCUUGUCGAUCGCUUCUGCGGUUCUUUCAGGAUCUUUCAAGUAUCCCUUGAAUACAUUUGCCCCUUUGACACAAACCUAGAGUAAAACAUGUGACUGAUUAAAAAGUCAGGACCUAGUGAUUGUUUCUGAAGGGAAACCAGAGCUCACCAUAUUCACUUUUUAUUUUUUGUUGAUUUUUGUUUACUUAACUCAUUCUGUUGUUGCUUUUAUUCAAAUUACUAGUAUAUAAAAAUAAAAUAUAUAAAUACAGACACCUUGAGAAGUUUAAAACCUAUUGUAAUUUUGAGGCAAUUACAUUUUGUAUAUAUAUAUUUUAUUAAAAGGAUGACAUUACAUUUACGUUCUAUGUUCACUGUUGUUCUUUUGGCUGCUCCCUUCGUCAGGGUUUGUCUCUGAGUUCAAACCUGCAGCUUCUUGUUUUAUGUGCACUUGUAUAAAAGCUUAGCUUUAAUUAAAAACUAUGUCCUAAUGUGACGUUUUAUUUUUUUCCAUUAGGUUCUUUUUAAUCUUACAUUUUUUGUCAACUGUAUUUAAAGAAAAUUACAAAAUAAAGAUAUAAUGGUCUGUUUU